GUCAGUGAGUGAGAACUGAGAAAGUCUUUCUUCCAUUCCCACCACCAUUCCAACACCAAAAAACCUUCAAGAAGAGGGAGAAACAACAAACAUUACAAUUUCUAAUUUUCCCUACAAUUAUCGAUCAAACAACUCAAUUCACUCCAACUACAAAAUUCCAUAAUUUAAAUUUCUAUGAAAUAAUUUUAAAAAAUCUUCCUUUUCCAUCAGAAUGACAUUCCCCCUAUUUUGAAUGGAACCCUAACUAUUAUCUUCUUUCAACAUUAAUGGCGUCUUCUUCUAUUGGCCUUACUGCUUUUUGCUUCUCUCUUUUCUUUGCUGCUGAUUGAUCGUCCUUUGAUCAACUACUUCGUUUAUUUUUUCUCAAUUAAAACUGUAAAAAAAUAUUGUAAAAUCCGCCACUAUUUAUUUCCUGCUGUUAUUUUCUCUGUAAAGUUCAAUUAUCAAACCCUGUUUUUCUUUUAUUGAUUGUCUAUGUGAUUGAAAGAGAAAUGGGAACUUCAGAGAGUGUAGGGGUGAGAGAAUCCGGGGCGGGUUCAAUUGUUUGGGUUCGGAGACGAAACGGGUCGUGGUGGCCGGGUAAAAUAUUGGGUCAAAUUGACCUUUCUACUUCUCAUCUUAUGUCUCCUCGAUCUGGUACUCCUGUUAAGCUUCUGGGUAGAGAAGAUGCUAGUGUGGAUUGGUACAAUCUUGAAAAAUCAAAGCGUGUGAAAGCAUUUCGGUGUGGUGAGUUUGAUGAUUGUAUUGAGAGAGCUGAAGCCUCCUUGGGGCUUCCCGCUAAAAAACGUGAUAAGUAUGCACGUCGAGAAGAUGCAAUCCUUCAUGCUCUUGAACUUGAAAAACAAUUUUCCGAAAGGAAAUAUGGAAAGUUGGUUGGGGGUAACUCUGCGAGAGAAAAUUCAUCAGACUCAGAUAUAAACAACUUAGUUGAAGCAUCUGGGGUUUUGGAAAAUAGAAAUGAGAAAAUUGAAAAUCUUGAUUUAUGUCAACUUGACAAAACAAUCACUAUUUCUGAUUUGAUUGAUCGAAAAAGCAUUCCACAGCACAUACAUGAAGUGAAAGUUGGAGCUCAACCUAGUGUAAAAGGAUGUGGAACUGAUUUGAGUUGUCCGAUACAAGAGUUAACUGCAGUUGGGCUUAAGGCGGUACCUAUAAAUGGAAGAUUUUCUGCUUCCGCUGCUUUCGAAGAUUCUAAAAAACUUAUCGUGGAUGGUCAUACAUGGGUUUCAACUGCAGAAUCUUGCUUUGAGAAUUCCAGUGAUUCUGAUUCUGGGGUUUCCCUUGGCAAACGGAAGCGGUCACUUGAAGGGUUUGUUGAGGAGUCUCUUUCUAAAAGAUGUGAUAGUUUUCAUUCUUUUGUUAACAUCAAGCAAAAUAAUGCUGAAUUACAUGAUAGUUCUUUGCGUCCUGGUGUUCACAGAAAGUGGCAUCCCAUAGAUGGUGUUCAUCAUUCCAUGUAUUUGCCAUCUGAUUUGCAGGAGACAUUUGUUACCACGCAAGAUGGCUUAAUGGAAGUUUCAGCUUCCCAUCUUGAGGAGUGCACUGAUCGUUCUCAGCAUGGUACUUUUGAGGAAGAGACUACUUCUAGAUCAUCCGAAGAAACUGAAUCUGAUUCAUCUGAGACUCAUUCUCUAGAAGCACAUGUGGAGGCAAGGGAAAUGCUUUCAGAUGCUGAGACAUGCACUAGAGCACAUCCAAGAAUACAUGAUAGCAUAAUACAAAUGCAAGUGAGUCAUGAAAGUACAAGCAGUGAUGAGUUUGAUGAACGGUCACUUGAUGAUCGAUCUCAAUGUUAUUUGCAUGAUCCAAGUCCUGCUGCGGCAGUCUCCAAGUGGCAGUUGAAAGGUAAAAGAAAUGUUCGCAAUAUCAACAGGACACCUAUAGACAGAUUUGCAAACAGAACUCAUCUUCAAAUAAGGGGUAGGUCAAUGUCCAUGAGGGUACCAAGCUCUAGCUUGAGUUACUAUCAUGACAAUGGCUACCCCAAUGAUGGUGAUUUUAAGGAGGACAAGUUUGACCCUCAAUCACCGGGAUUUUACUUGCCAUCACUAGACAUAACCAGAAAACAAAAUUUCAUUGGCCAGAAUAUGGUUUAUUUGGAAGAGUUUACGGGGAGGCCAUUGAGAGCAUACUGGGAUGACAGAGGUUCCUACUUCAAUCCCAUAUUUGAUGGCCAAGAUGGGUAUGAUUUAUUGAUAGAUGUUGACCUGAAUGUCCAAGCAAAUCACCGAGGUAACAAGCAUGUGCCUUGGGUAUCUCUAAUGAGCUGGUUAAAUGGGAAGGCAAUAAUAGGCCAUCCUAUCCAAAUAGAAACCCUUGUUGAUGGGUCUACAGAUAUUUUUGUAACCACAAGUUAUGCAUGUUGUAAUGUAAGAUACGACUUCGAUAGAAGAAAAGUUCCCCAAGUUUGGAGGACUGCCAAGAGGACAGCCAAUUUUCGAGUGCCCCGUCCUCACUCGUCUUCAUCUCAAUUGGACGACGCUGAAGAUGAUCAGAAUACUAGUCAAUCUGGAAAAGUACGUUGUAAGAAGUCACUUGUUUCAAAUUCUGUUAGCAAAGGCAAACUGAUGAAAAGGAAUACCCAUUCCUCUAAGCCGUGGUUGAAAGUGAAUCUAUCUUACAACCAGAAGACGAAAACUCUGUCUUCCAUAGGCUUUAAUCAGAAGUUCCCUAUAAAGAGGAAAGGGGAGGAUACUAGCAAUCACAUAAAUGGUGUGAUGAAAUCUGUGGUUUCAAGGCCUCCAACAGUGGCCUGUAUUCCUGUCAAGCUUGUUUUCAGUAGAUUGCUCGAGGCCGUGGGUAGGUCGCCUUCUGCACCCAGUAAGCAUGGGUUUCAGUGAACAGCAAGAAGCAGAAAAGUCCCUUCAGGUAUCAUGUAAAAUGUAAUGUGGGGAUGAAAUAGUCUUUAUACCAUUAAUCGGUCGAUAUCUUGCUAAUUCUUUUAUGAUAGAAAAUGCAUCCAAAUACAUCUUGUGCAUCUGAAGCCUAAAGGAGUCUUCCCUGUCUUUUAGAAAAAUGGGAUGGAAUUGAUCACUUAUUGGUAUAUGUAUGCUUGAGAUGCUUGUCUGAUAAUGAUAGUUUAAUAGAGAUUUAACCAGUUUGGCUUCUUUGUUCAGUAGGAAGAAGAUAUACUAACACUCAGUAAUCAGUGUUUAAAGUAGAUCUUUUAUAUUGAAAUAAAUGUAAAGUUUAAUGUAAUAGAUUUCAUGUUUUGAAGCAUGCAUACCUGCUUUUUAUAGGGUGGUAGCUAUUUGUUUGUGUAACAUUUUGUUGAUAUUGAUUGAUUGAUAAUCACAGAUUUUUUGCGUCAUAAUCACCUAUCUUGCCCUUUUUUCUAUUUUUGUGUGUCAAUGGUACCACCAAGCCCUGAACUUUCGGUGGUCCAGGGGUAAAAUUAGAAAUAGGGGCCCUUAUCAACAUCGUUAAAAAUUUUUCAUUACUAUCCUCGUGAUAUUUUUCAUCGGAUCCACGAAAAGCUAAAUUACUUUGUGAUUCUUUUAUUUAUUGAAUUCUUUUUUUUUUCUUUUUUCACUACAAGAUGUAUAUUUUCGUGGCAACAUUAUUAUAAUAUGUUUAUCACAAAUUCUUAAAUGAGACGAUUUCACCGAGAGACAUGCCUCAUAAUUGGGUUAAAUAGUCCAAUAAUAGAAAAUUUUAGCUUAUAGGCUUUUAGUUUUGAGGUCGUCUCACCGUGAGACGGUCUCAUACUAGACAGAUUGGUAUUAAUAUAAGUAAAAUUAAGAUGGAGCAAUAUAACCUGAUUCUUAAAUACUGAAUACCAUGAUCUCCCAAAUUGUAAUCCCUCUAAUUCAAUGAAUUGUGAAUAUUACAUGUUAAUA